AUUUUUCAAUUUUUUUUUUUUUUUUUUAAGUUUUAGGGUCAAAUGGUUGAUGCCCAGAUAGAGAUUUGAAGCAAUUUUCACUCCAUUAAGUAUGUUAGAACCCCGAAAGAGUUCGAAAACAAUGGCUGAAGUUGAUAAAUUCUGCAAUGCACUUGGUGGGAAGAAACCAAUUCAUAGUAUUUUGAUUGCAAACAAUGGUAUGGCAGCUGUGAAAUUUAUUCGUAGUGUGAGGACAUGGGCGUAUGAAACGUUUGGCUCGGAAAAGGCAAUCAAGUUGGUUGCCAUGGCUACACCAGAGGACAUGAGAAUCAAUGCUGAACAUAUUAGAAUUGCUGAUCAGUUUGUGGAAGUUCCUGGUGGAACUAACAAUAAUAACUAUGCCAAUGUACAACUCAUUGUAGAGAUGGCAGAGAUAAAACAUGUAGAUGCAGUUUGGCCGGGUUGGGGUCAUGCCUCCGAGAAUCCUGACUUACCAGAUGCUCUGGAUGCGAAAGGGAUUAUCUUUCUCGGGCCAUCUGCAACAUCUAUUGCAGCAUUAGGUGAUAAGAUUGGUUCAUCAUUAAUUGCUCAAGCAGUAGAAGUGCCUACUCUUCCAUGGAGUGGUUCUCAUGUAAAAUUCCAUCAAAACAGUAAUUUGGUUACAAUUCCUGAUGAAGUAUAUCGAGAAGCGUGUGUUUCUACAACCGAAGAAGCUGUUGCAAGUUGUCAAGUUGUUGGUUACCCUGCAAUGAUCAAAGCAUCAUGGGGUGGUGGCGGUAAAGGCAUAAGAAAGGUUCACAAUGAUGAUGAAGUCAGGGCAUUGUUUAAGCAAGUUCAGGGAGAAGUUCCCGGCUCGCCAAUAUUCAUAAUGAAGGUUGCAUCUCAGAGUCGACAUCUAGAAGUCCAGUUAUUGUGUGAUCAAUAUGGAAAUGUUGCAGCAUUGCAUAGCCGUGAUUGUAGUUUUCAACGACGACAUCAAAAGAUUAUUGAGGAAGGUCCAAUAACAGUAGCUCCUAUAGAGACAGUGAAGAAAUUAGAGAAGGCGGCUCGAAGGUUGGCUAAAUCUGUUAACUAUGUUGGAGUAGCUACUGUUGAGUAUCUGUAUAGUAUGAGUACCAGAGAGUACUAUUUCCUUGAGCUCAACCCUCGUUUACAGGUGGAGCAUCCUGUUACUGAGUGGAUUGCUGAAGUUAAUCUACCAGCAGCUCAGAUUGUGGUUGGGAUGGGUAUUCCUCUUUGGAAAAUUCCUGAGAUAGCAAGAUUUUAUGGAAAGGAACAUGGUGGUGGAUAUGAUUCUUGGAGAAACACUUCAGUUUCUGCCACCCCAUUUGAUUUUGACCAUGCAGAAUCUAUUAAACCGAAAGGUCAUUGUGUUGCUGUUCGCGUAACGAGUGAGGAUCCUGAUGAUGGAUUCAAGCCUACUAGUGGGAAAGUACAGGAGUUGAGCUUUAAAAGCAAGCCAAAUGUGUGGGCUUACUUCUCUAUUAAGUCUGGAGGAGGGAUUCAUGAGUUCUCCGAUUCUCAAUUCGGACAUGUUUUUGCAUUUGGUGAGUCUAGAGCAUUGGCUAUUGCAAAUAUGGUUCUUGGGUUGAAGGAAAUUCAAAUUCGUGGAGAAAUUCGAACUAAUGUUGACUACAUGAUUGAUCUCUUACAUGCUUUAGAUUACAAAGAGAAUAAAAUCCACACAGGAUGGUUGGAUAGUAGAAUAGCUAUGCGAGUGAGAGCAGAAAGGCCACCUUGGUACCUGUCUGUUGUUGGAGGAGCUUUAUUUAAAUCAUCUGCAAGUAGUGCCGCAUUGGUUUCAGAUUACGUCGGUUAUCUUGAAAAGGGACAAAUACCACCCAAGGUAUUUCGGUUGAAAAUACUUAAAAGUUCCAUACAUGAUGAUGAUGAUGUUUCUCAUGUUCCUAAUUCAUGCUUAUACUUAUUGCAGCACAUUUCGCUUGUACACUCACAAGUGGCAUUGAACAUUGAAGGAAGCAAAUACACAAUUGACAUGGUAAGAGGUGGACCGGGAAGUUAUAGAUUGAGGAUGAAUGAGUCAGAGAUUGAAGCAGAGAUACAUACCUUGCGCGAUGGAGGUUUAUUGAUGCAGUUGGAUGGAAACAGUCAUGUGAUAUAUGCAGAGGAAGAAGCAGCUGGAACUCGACUUCUCAUCGAUGGAAGAACAUGCUUGCUUCAGAAUGAUCACGACCCAUCUAAGCUCAUAGCCGAGACACCAUGCAAACUGAUGAGGUAUUCGGUUCCUGAUGGUAGUCAUGUUGCUGCUGAUACACCUUAUGCAGAGGUCGAGGUUAUGAAGAUGUGUAUGCCUCUACUUUCACCUGCUUCGGGUAUUAUUCGAUUUAAAAUGUCUGAAGGUCAAGCAAUACAGGCGGGUGAGCUUAUAGCAAGACUUGAUUUAGAUGAUCCUUCAGCUGUGAGAAAGGCAGAACCUUUCAUUGGGACUUUCCCUAUCUUAGGACCUCCAACAACAAUUUCCAAUAAAGUUCAUCAGAAAUGUGCUGCAGGAAUUAAUGCAGCACGAAUGAUUCUCUCCGGUUAUGAACACAACAUUAAUGAAGUAGUGCAAAACUUGCUCCAUUGCCUUGACAGUCCCGAACUCCCUUAUCUUCAAUGGCAAGAGUGCAUGGCUGUUCUUGCAACCCGUCUUCCCAAAGAUCUUAAAAACGAGUUAGAAUCGAAAUAUAAAGAGUUCGAUGCAAUUCCUAGUACUCAGAAUGUCGAUUUCCCUGCUAAACUACUGUGGAAUAUUCUUGAAGCUCACCUAUCUUCCUGUUCCGAUAAAGAAAGACGAGCCCAACAAAGGCUCAUCGAACCUUUGUUGAGCCUUGCAAAGUCAUACGAGGGUGGCAGAGAAAGCCAUGCCCGCAUUAUCAUUCAGUCCCUAUUCGAAGAGUACUUGUCGAUCGAAGAAUUAUUUAGUGACAAUAUUCAAGCUGAUGUAAUUGAAAGACUCAGACUUCAGUACAAAAAAGAUCUCUUGAAGAUUGUGGACAUUGUGCUUUCUCAUCAGGGUGUCAAGAGUAAGAAUAGGCUGAUACUUCGACUCAUGGAACAACUGGUUUAUCCUAACCCUGCUGCAUACAGGGACAAGCUAAUUAGAUUCUCUGCACUCAACCAUACAAACUAUUCCGAGUUGGCAUUAAAAGCAAGUCAGUUGCUUGAGCAAACAAAAUUGAGUGAACUCAGGUCCAACAUUGCCAGAAGUCUCUCAGAGUUGGAGAUGUUUACUGAGGAUGGUGAAAACAUGGAUACUCCCAAGAGAAAAAGUGCCAUAAAUGAACGAAUGGAGGAUCUUGUGAGUGCUCCUUUGGCAGUUGAAGAUGCCCUUGUAGGGCUAUUUGAUCAUAGUGAUCACACCCUUCAGAGGCGAGUAAUGGAGACUUAUGUUCGUCGAUUAUACCAGCCCUAUCUUGUAAAUGGGAGUGUUAGGAUGCAGUGGCACAGAGCCGGGCUCAUUGCUUCAUGGGAGUUCUUCGACGAGCAUAUCAAGAGAAAAGAAAAGACUGAAGUAAAUGAUAAUAGUGAGAAGAAAUGGGGAGGCAUGGUUAUAAUCAAAACUCUCCAAUUUUUGCCUGCAAUAAUUGGUGCUGCACUAAGGGAAGCAACUGAUAACCUCCAUGAUCAAACCCCGAACGAGUUUCUUGAGCAAGAUAGCCAUGGGAAUAUGAUGCAUAUUGCAUUAGUCGGUAUUAACAAUCAGAUGAGUUUACUACAGGAUAGUGGUGAUGAAUGCCAGGCCCAAGAAAGAAUCAACAAGUUAGCGAAAAUACUUAAAGAGGAAGGAGUAGCCUCAAGUCUGCAUAGUAAAGGUAUUGGAGUGAUUAGUUGUAUCAUACAAAGGGAUGAAGGGCGUGCUCCUGUGAGACACUCAUUUCACUGGUCAUCAGAAAGGCUCUAUUAUGAAGAAGAGCCUCUAUUUCGCCAUAUCGAGCCUCCUCUGUCCAUCUAUUUGGAGUUGGACAAGCUUAAAGGAUAUGAGAACAUACAGUAUACUCAAUCAAGGGAUCGUCAAUGGCACUUGUAUGCCGUUGUAGACAAAUGUGUACCAAUGCAAAGGAUGUUUCUCAGAACACUUGUAAGGCAGCCUACAACAAAUGGAGUGGAAACAACCCGAAUGGCGUUUACUUCAAGGGGCAUUUUAAGGUCCUUAUUGACUGCAAUGGAGGAGUUGGAACUUAAUGCACACAACACAACUCUCAAAUAUGAUCAUGCUCAUAUGUACUUGUAUAUCUUACAAGAGCAACAACUAGAGGAUCUUGUGCCUUACCCCAGGAGAGUGGAUGUGGAUGAGAGUGUAGAAGAAACUGUUCUUGAGGCAAUCUUAGAAGAGUUGGCACGUAACAUUCAUGCAUCUGUUGGCGUAAGAAUGCAUAAGUUAGGCGUUUGGGAAUGGGAAGUGAAGCUUUGGAUAUCAUCUUCGGGACAGGCAAACGGUGCUUGGCGAGUUGUAGUAACGAAUGUGACUGGUCGUACUUGCACUGUCCAUGUUUAUCGAGAAUUGGAGGACAACAGCCAACACAAAGCGGUGUACAGUUCGAUUUCUAGGAUGGGUCCUCUGCACAAGGUUCCAGUGAAUGCACAGUAUCAACCUUUAGGAGUUCUUGACAUGAAACGCCUUUUGGCCAGGAGAAGCAAUACAACAUAUUGCUAUGAUUUUCCACUGGCGUUUGAGACGGCAUUGGAGCAGUCAUGGGCAUCUCAAUCUCCUAGUAUCAAAAAACCGACAGACAAAGCUAUCCUCAAUGUAACAGAGCUGCAAUUUGCUCACCAAAAUGGUAGUUGGGGUACACCUCUUGUUCCUGUUUCGCGACCGCCUGGGCUUAAUGAUGUUGGCAUGGUAGCUUGGUCUAUGGAGAUGUCAACUCCAGAGUUUCCAUUCGGAAGGAACAUCUUGGUUGUUGCAAAUGAUGUGACAUUUAAAGCAGGGUCUUUUGGCCGAAAAGAGGAUGCAUUCUUCCUUGCAGUGAGUGAUCUUGCUUGUGCUAAGAAACUGCCUUUAAUAUACUUAGCAGCAAACUCUGGUGCCCGUCUUGGUGUAGCUGAAGAAAUCAAAACCUGUUUCAAAGUUUGUUGGUAUGAUGAUUUAAGCCCCGAGCGCGGUUUUAAGUAUGUAUAUUUAACCUCUGAUGAUUAUGCUCGAGUUGGAUCAUCUGUGAUAGCACAUGAGUUAAAGCUACAGAGUGGAGAAACCAGAUGGGUUAUAGAUACCAUUGUUGGAAGAGAAGAUGGCUUAGGGGUUGAGAAUUUGGCUGGCAGUGGAGCCAUUGCUAGUGGAUAUUCAAGAGCAUAUAAGGAGACUUUUACCUUGACAUAUGUGAGUGGUAGAACAGUUGGAAUAGGUGCUUACCUUGCUCGGCUUGGUAUGCGUUGCAUACAGAGGCUUGAUCAGCCGAUAAUUCUAACCGGUUUCUCUGCCUUGAACACACUUCUUGGCCGAGAGGUUUACAGCUCUCAUAUGCAACUUGGUGGACCGAAAAUUAUGGCAACUAAUGGGGUUGUUCAUUUGACAGUUUCAGAUGAUCUUGAAGGAGUAUCUGCUAUUCUAAAAUGGUUAAGCUAUGUUCCAUCAUAUGUAGGUGGUCCUCUCCCUAUUACACCUUCAUUGGAUCCUCCAGAGAGGCUUGUUGAGUACUUUCCCGAAAAUUCUUGUGACCCUCGUGCUGCUAUUCGCGGUGUUGUGGAUGGUCAAGGCAAAUGGAUUGGAGGCAUUUUCGAUAAGAAUAGUUUCGUGGAGACUCUUGAUGGUUGGGCAAGGACUGUUGUCACAGGAAGGGCAAAGCUUGGAGGAAUUCCAGUAGGGAUAGUGGCUGUGGAAACACAAACCGUCAUGCAAGUUAUACCUGCUGAUCCAGGCCAACUUGAUUCCCACGAGAGGGUUGUUCCCCAAGCUGGACAAGUAUGGUUUCCUGAUUCUGCAACUAAGACAGCACAAGCAUUGCUAGAUUUCAACCGAGAAGAGCUCCCGCUCUUCAUUCUCGCUAAUUGGAGAGGUUUUUCGGGUGGACAGAGGGACCUUUUUGAAGGGAUUCUUCAAGCUGGUUCAACAAUUGUAGAAAACCUCAGAACAUACAAGCAGCCUGUUUUUGUGUACAUCCCAAUGAUGGGUGAGCUUCGUGGCGGGGCAUGGGUGGUUGUGGAUAGUCAAAUUAACUCAGACCAUAUUGAAAUGUAUGCUGAUGAAACAGCUAAGGGUAAUGUACUCGAGCCAGAAGGAACGAUUGAGAUCAAAUUUAGAACAAAGGAACUUUUAGAGUGCAUGGGAAGGCUUGAUCAACAACUAAUCCAUCUAAAGGAAAAACUUGAGGAAGCCGAAAGUAGUGGCACGCAGGGGCUGGUUGAAUCCUUGCAACAACAGAUAAGAGCCCGGGAAAAGCAGCUUUCGCCUUUAUACACUCAAAUAGCUACUAAAUUUGCAGAAUUGCAUGACACAUCGUUGAGAAUGGCUGCAAAAGGUGUUGUUAAAGAAAUUCUCGAAUGGAAACAAUCUCGGUCUUUCUUUUACAAGAGACUGCGUCGAAGAAUUGCAGAGGAUUCGCUGAUCAAGACCAUAAUAGAGGCCGCGGGGCACCAGCUGCCAUACAAAUCUGCAAGGGACUUGAUCAUCACUUGGUUUUUAGAAUCAAACAUCUCAAGAAUCGAGCAAAAUGCUUGGACAGAUGAUGAAGCGUUCUUUAAAUGGAAAGAUGAUCCAAAGAAUUACGAGGCUAAAGUAAAGGAACUGCGAGUACAGAAGAUAGUUCUCCAAUUAUCGAACAUUGGCAAUUCGACUUCAGAUCUUGAAGUUCUACCUCAAGGUCUUGCCACCCUUCUAAGCAAGGUGGAUCCAACCAGGCGUUUAGUGUUAAUUGAAGAACUCCGGAAGGUGCUCGGCUAGCUUGGAGAAAUUGAGAUGUUAUAACACUAUGGAUUCUUGCUUGUCAUGCAAGGUAUUGAUCAAUACAAAAGGAAAUGAUAUAAUUCUUUUGAUAAUAGAAACUUAGAUCAUUUAGUUAAUUUACUAAUAAUACAUUCGAAUUUCAAAUACAUUGUGGCGUUUGAUAUAGAGGAAUAGGAAUAGAAAUAGAAUGGAAUAAAAUUUAAAAUGCAUAAAAAAUUAUUAAAUUUUUUCUCA